AUGCAUAGACAGGACGUAGUCAGAAAGAUGAAGUUCAUGUGCUGCUGCUGUGCUGGUCCAGAAAAACCCGCACGCCGGACACAAGGUUCCACACCCACACAACGUGCACCGAAGAGCGACCAUCGUUUAGGGAAUCGCCAGGAAGGUAAAAGAAGACAGGACAUUAAGAAGCAUUCAACUCAGAAAAUAAAAAAAGUUUGCCAAGGCAAACUCUAUAAGGCUCGUGUGGCAGGAGGUUGGUGUGGGUUUGGAAAUGGACAAGACUGUGCAAAGAGUUCAUCUAGAAAAGUGUCCACAGCAGCGCGAGGCCGAGACCGAGCAGCGCCGUGUGCGCUGAGCUCCGAGUUAACAAGUUUUGGUGAAUACAUUAAUUUACUUCCUUUUGUGUUUGCUAACUCCAAGAGGGCCAUAAAAGGAAUUUCACCAUAUGGCUGUCACACACCAGAGGAGCAAAGCACAGUAGGUAAACUCCACCAAGAUAGCAAGACAGUUCUGUUACAGGAAGGCCUCUACCCCAAAGUGAAUCUUUGCAACAUAGGCCCCAUCUGUGUUGAAUGCAAGCAGAAAUGCAGCUUUGUGAUUCCAGAUAAUGUUAAAUCAAAACUUGUUUGCUGCUUUACAAAAGAAAUGAGAGCUGGCUUUAGGUUCGAGCCUGGCUGUCUGGUCCAGAAAAAACAUUCAUUUAAUGAAAGUGUUCAAGUUCUAAAUAAUGGAAGACUGCCCAGGUUAGAUUCAGAGAGAAUUUUUUCUCAGUUGACAAAUUCCAAUGAGCAAACUAAGGAUGUGACAAACAACACUGAUUCAGGGGCAUUAUCCAGCCAUAGAGAACAGGAAAGCAAUGUGUCUGCCUGCUGUUCCACUGAACACAGACUCAAGCUGAGCAUGAAUGGCAUGCAGAAAGGGUGUACUGAUUACAUCCAAAGCACUUUGGAAAAGGACCUGCAUGCUAACAAUGUGGAAUUGGGUGGGAAGGCAGACAUUUUGUCAGAGGAUUCCCAUCGCAAAAACCUUUUUUGCAUAGACCCCUUUGGAUCUGUUAAUUGUGUGGAAGAUCAGUCAGAGUCACCAGCACAGAUGUGCAGUCCAGUCUGUACUGAAGCAGAAUCUAGAGGUGGACAGUCAAUGAACCUAAAUGGUCCUACUUUGGAGAAUGCAGAGAACUUAGACUCAUUCACCUGCCAACGGGUCAGGGUGUACCAAGGAAAGAAUAGCAUCACAUGUGCACGCACAUACUUGACAUGGCCCUUUUUGUCAAGAAAAAAGAUCCCUGAAACUGCUGGAAAUGGAGACUCGAGGGCUGGACAUGAACCCACAGAUCCAAAUCGGCUUCCACAAAAGAGGUUUUCUAUUUCUAACCAAAGGCUAGGAGCAGAGGAAAAUGACAAAGAAGAGGCUUUAAAAAAGGCUGAUAAUGUUGUGGGUGUGUCUUCGGACAUUAUAAGGAACAUAAACAGUCUGUAUCCAUCACACUCCUCUCAACCAAGUGUGAUGAUACUUCCACAAAAACAGAACAGUUUUUGUAAAGACUUCACCACAUGGUUAUCUCGAGGAUCAGCAUCUGUGCAAACAGCUCAGUCCCCCUCCCCGAAUAAUAACAGUAGAAGGUCUACCCCCUCCUCAUCCAGACUUGGCUCGACAGAUACUGCCCCUAACAUGUCUACUGCAUCUUUCAUGGAUACAAAUAGCUGCUUAAGCAGCAUCUCAAGUUCACUGAUUCCUCUCACAACAUCAACACCUAAUGUCUUUAGGAUUACCCUGCCGCAAGUGGAAACUGUAGUCAACUUCGACUCAAAUGAUUCCUGUAACUCAUCUUCUCUCCUGCCUCAAGAUGUGGAAGUGUCUUGGGAUGAAAUUAUUACAUAUCACUCCCCUCCAAAACUGGAACCGUAUUUCAAAACUAGCCCUUUAAAUCAUUUAACAAAUCGGCUAACAAAUGCCUGCAAAAAUAAUUAUAUAGACCCUAAUCUUAAUCUCCCACCACUGCUUUCUCCUCUUAACUCACCUGUGAAACACAAUGUUUCUUCAAAUUCAGUUGAGUUUGAAAAUAAAAACAGUCAUAGGCACAAUCACAAAAUGCCAUUUGAAAAUCCCACCCCAGAAAUGUGUGACAUCAAUGAAAAGGAUUAUGAUAGUGGUUGGCAGCAAAAGAAAACUUUCCCAACUAAGAAUGAUGUCUCCACAUUUGUGGAACCACCGAACAUGGAGUCAUUGGUCACAGACACGUCACCUCCUGCCUUGACUUAUUUGACAGACUCUGGCUUUUCUCCCAGCAAUACUGAAAAUGAGGAACAAAGCAAUGGUGAAGCUUCUGUAGACAAAGAGUCUUGUACACCUGAACAAUCAGAAAACCAAGACCCUGAAGAAGAUUUGGAGAAGCCUGAGGUUCUGGAUGAGAUUGAAGCCUAUGAACAAGAUAUUCUGCUUGUUGAUGUUUUCCAAGACGACCCUGACCUUUUUGAAAAGGUGCCACAGAAAAGUCUCCUAAAACUAGGACCGGUCAGGACAUGUGACACUGCGGAAACAGAGCGCAAGAAAAUGGUAAAAAUAUUUUCCCCUGUUCCUGAAUCAUGCAAGAGGACUCACAGUGUUACUCCUGUAAAUCUGAACUUCCUGCACCACAGUCCAGAGGAGAGCCCCCGAAGGCCAUGGAGACCCCAAUGCAACAGCACCUCUGCUCUGCACAGUAACACUAAAAAGCAUAUCAAAAGCAUGUGUUCAGCUGAAGCAAGAGUUGUGAAUUCUGAAGAGGAGAGAACAGACCAUUUUCCAACUGAAAACCUUAAUCAUAUUUCCCCCCAGUUGGCCUCAAGACUUGGGCUUGUUACAUGGAUGACAAACUCACAAAGUGCUGCUGAUAUUAGAUGGCAGAAACCUGCAUACUGCAGACACUACUUCAGUGAUUCACAAAACUGUGGCUUUAAACUGUGUCGUUUCCACCAUGUGCCUAUGGAGGGUGAUGAGAAGUUUUGUACAGAAACUGUGGCAAGGUUUACUAAAACUCCAGCAUGCCUUCAUAAAGCAGCGUCUGUAUAUACCGGCUACUACCAAAACAACAAACCAGCGGUGUUUUUUUCUAAGCCAGUGCUUGUCUCUCUUCUCCGGGGUCUUCUCCAAGCUGGAAUGUUGUCUGAUGUUUUUUCAGUUCUCAGAACCAGUUUGACCCAUAACAUAGUGCCUGAGUAUGAGUUUCUUCUCGAUCUUUUCAACUUCAUCAGAGAAAAAAGUCUCAUGAGUUUUGUACCAGAACUUAUCCAGCUCACAUUUAAGAUGGCUAGUGCUGGCUUACCUCUAAGUUUGGAUUGUCUGGACUGUGUGAAGAAUACUCCUGACUUGCAUCAUAUGUUUUCUUCUAAUUCUCACAAAUCUCUUUCUGGACACAGAUUGGUAACACAUCCAGAGUACCUUAAUCUAGCUCAUGCUGUGGUUGAGAUGGAGCUUUGUACAAAACAAGAAGACUGGAAAAGACUAGGGGAGGUUUUUCAGUUCAUUUGUCAAUCAAACCAAGUCAGCCAAGUGGAGCGUAUCAGUGGUCGAGUAGCAGUGGCACUCCUGUCUGAAAGCAAAGACAGGCUGACUCUGCCAUUUGCUGUCUUUGCUGAGACUGCUGGUCACAAUGUGGAUGAAGAUAGCCCUGUUAAAAGUUGUCUGGGUAGAAUUGGGGUUUCACUUAUGUUGCGAUACCAUAAAACUCACCAGUGGGCUAAGGGUCAAAAAGUUGUGGAAGUGCUGUCUGCUGCAAAGGUCAGCUAUGCAACAAUGAAAGGAUUGUUUGGGAAUGAAGAUUGUACAUCACGCUGCCACCUUAUAUCUGUGGCAACUGAGCUCUUCCUUUUAAAUGGAAGCGUUGAAGGAGCUUUAAACAUAUUAAGAGAAAACGAAUGGUUCCUGAUGUCCAGUGCCUGGCCUUGUGAGGCUGCAGAUCUGGAAAAGCGCACACAUGUAUUGUUGAGUCUGGCUGAAAAAACUUCUCACAGAGAUACCCUAGAGGUCCUCAGCAAUCUGCCUGGGCUUAAGGAGCCAAAUGGCCACAUCGACAUCUCCAAGUAUACUACUUUCUUUACUGCUCAUCUGCAAGUGUGUCUAGACCGACAGAUAGUGGUGUUGGCAUCAGAUCUGGUGAACUUUAUGCUCUCCAAAAACUUACCCGUAGACCAUACCAUGCUGCAAAUGCUUCUGCAUAGACUGGGAAAACAAAAUUUUUGGCUCAAGGCACGAGAAAUCUUCAAAAACUCAAUGAGAAAAGGCUAUCACCCUGGGGUGUCUGCCCCUCUUGGAUUGAUGACUUUGAUGGUCCCAUCUCAGCUGGGAGAAAUUGAACUGGCUCUCACAUUCGAGAUGUUCAUUACAAUGAAUGCAACUGCCAUUCUUGCUCUCCCAGAAAGCACCACCUCUACUAUGACCAUCACUCUCAUUAGAACUCAAAGUAGUGAAAGUGACUAUCUUUCUGCUGGUAGUCGCCUGCUCGCUGCGGCUUGUAUUCCACAGCCCAAACUUGGUGUUCGCUACAUGGCUGUGAAUUCCACACAGGAGCAAAUCUUCACACUUGACAUUGCCUCUGCUCGCCGGUGGCUUCGACAUAAUCAUUUAUGGGCCAAUGAGGUUUGGACCCUUUCUACUUAAAAAUUAUAUCUUUUUUCAUACCUCUAAUACAUUUUCAUUUCAAAAUUCAUCCACUUCUGUCUAAAUAAAAACUGACAGUAAACAGAUGAAAUCUGAACAAUACUUUAUGUUGGAUUCUCUCAAUUACACACAUCUGUAAAACAGAUCUGAUCACAGAACACUGAUCGUUUGUUUCAAAGCAAAGUUAUUGUUCAAAAUAUGUAAAGAAAAUUGUAAUUAUUGAGUUAAAGAAGGUCUAUAACUCAGUGUUUUUGUAACAUUAAAAUUAAGCAUCUCUUUAGUAAUUUUACUAUACUUUAGUUAAAAAGUGUUUUAUACCUUUGAAUGUAAAUAUAAAUGUAUAUUUAUAUGGGUUAUUACUUUUAUAGUAUUGUGGUACUGGACUACAAUAGACAGUUGCUGGUUCAAAAGGUGUGAUUUUCCUUUUUUCAUCGGGUUUUAUAAAACAGAUCUUUCUGUUCACAUAAAAAUAAACUACAUGUUUAUUUACAUCAUCUGUUUGACUUGUUAUGAAUG